GGGCCGCGGCCGCACCAGAGUCCAGAAGGCUCGGCUCGACCGAAUCCGCCCCGCGCCCGGCGCUCCUCGGCGACGCCGACCAACACGACACGGUGUCGUCGCACCUCGCAGUCUCGCACGCCACCACCGAAGGCCGUCACGCCGACGCAACUAAACCCGGGUGCCGCCACCGGACUCCGCGCGCUCCUCCCUCCCGCUCCCCGCCGCCCCCAUGUCCAACCCUACCCCUUCCCCCUCCCCCUCCGCCGCGCCUCCGCUUCCCAACCCGCUCGCCGCCGCCUCCUCCUUCCUUCACCACCACCUCUCCCGCCUAGCCUCCCGCCUCGCCGCCCCGCGCCCGGCGCUCGCCACGGCGGCGACCCGCGCGCCGGGGCCCCAGGGCGCAUCGCUCUCCCCUGACGAGGUCGCGCGCGCGCUCACCGGCACGCCCGUCUUCACCGUCUGCAACUCCAGCAACGAGUUCGUGCUCGUCUCCGACCCCGCCACCGGUCUCCGCUCCCUCGGCCUCCUUUGCUUCCGCUCCGAGGACGCCGACGCGCUUCUCUCCCAUGUGAGGACGCAGCAGCUGGUGCUAGGGAAGGGGGCGAAAGUGGUGCCAAUUACGCUUGAUCAGGUUUAUAUGUUGAAGGCCGAAGGUAUUGCAUUUCGGUUCUUACCUGACCCUCUUCAAAUAAAGAAUGCACUGGAGUUGAAAUCGGGCUUAACUGCUUUUGAUGGUGUCCCUGUUUUUCAGUCAGAUCUGCUGGUUGUGAAGAAGCAGAAGAAGCGCUACUGUCCAAUAUAUUUUCAAAAGGAAGACAUAGAAAGAGAACUUACAAGGGCGUCUAAAGCUUCAAGAGGGUCGGCUUUGUCUAAGAAAAUUAUGGUUGGGAGUUUGGAGGAUGUCCUGAAGAAAAUGGAGAUAAAUGAGAGAAAUUCUGGUUGGGACGAUUUUAUCUUUAUACCCCCUGGGAAGAGCCUCAACCAACAUAUCAAUGAGGACUCUACUUAUGCCGUCGUGAUGUAAACUAAACGGAAGCGCUGUCUGUUGAGUUUGUUCCUCGUUCUACAUUGAGUGGAACUUCUGUUUUCGUGGUUGCUAUGAAGAUAAAAGAGCAGUGUUGACGAUUACGGAGCUACGGAGGGGUAAACGAGGAUAAUUGCUAUUGGACUUGCGUAUGAAAUGACAUGGAUUUCAUUACUCGCAGACGGUGUUACUCUACAUUGUUUACACGCCUUUAGACCCUAGAAAGUACAGGAAGUCAACGCAGAAUUUCUCGGGCCAUUACUGAUGUGGUGUUCAAAUCCACAAGCGAAGUAGUUCCCUUCCUGGAAUUUUCUAAGCUACAUUAUUGCAA